AUGGGCAAGAUCUUCGAAAGCAAGCGUAAUCCACUACGGGCACCAACUAUAUUCGUUCUCAUUUCUUCCUUCGUCCUGCGCAAGUCCAAGGCUGGCAAAGAAGGCAUUGCAUUCAUGAUACUCUGGGAUUUCAUGAGAAAUGCUCGGGUGAGGAAGACCAAGGUUGUCCUCGAUUCCGUUUGUAAGCAAAUAGGUACGCUGUGA